AUCGUAAAUUUAGUCAAAUCGACAGCAAGUAGAUAUACUUAUUAGGUAUAUACACGUGCGUACAAAGUUCACAGCAUGACCAAUGUUUCAAGGUGAUAACCGUACAUUGUUAGAACUUCAGCUACCACCUACAGGUAUAAUGCGUCGGAUAUCUAUUUGUGUAUUUUUCUGCUUAAUAAGCCCUUGUUUUACAUCAUUAUCAGAUGACUAUUUUUUGCCAUUUAGUGGACUUAUUUCUCCACUGCCUCCUGAAACUCCCGAACCGAUAAACAUUAUUAGUAGUAAAGCAAAACCUAUUGUUACAACGCCUCUAGUUAUACUUUCGGGUUUAUUCGAUAGAGUUCAUUUGAGAAAUACUGGACAUUCUGUUGAAAUUAAUUUGGAUCAACCGAUAACUUCGUCGAUAGCUACUGGUGGAGUAUUGUAUAAUAAUAUUUACGUAUUAAAUAGCUUUAAAUUUCAUUGGACAGAUGAUUUAAAUGGGAUUUCUGGCACAACAUGUGAUGGAAAAGACGGGACACCCUUAGAGGUAUCAAUAUGGUAUUGUAGUAAGAAAUGUGGCUCGUUCUCAAACUGCUUAAAUGACCGCGAUGGUCUUUUUGAACUUCGUAUUCGUAUUAAUGUGAGAGGAUCAGUUCCUAAUCCAUUGUUUUCCCCACUCCAACAAUACCUGAAGCAAAUAAGAAAAGCUAAUACGGUCUCGGAAGAUUUUCCAAUCGCUUUAGCGUUCUUGUGGUUUGAUAUUUUCCCCCCUUGGAACCAAUAUUACGCUUACCCAGGAUCUUAUUUUAAAGAAAGCAAUGGAAGACAUUAUUACUGCAGUACUACGGUUGUUCCUCCUCUAUUUCCAUUCCAUUUCAUAUCGAAAGAACAAUUUAAAGAUACGUUUGGAAAAUUUCAAAGGCUCAAUGGAACAAGGUUAACCGAUGCUAAUCCGCAAGCUCUUCAGGGAAGAAGACCAGUUGUGGUGACAAGAGGUGUACUUAAUAUUCCUACAAUAGGAAUACCAUUUGCUCCUACACCUUUUUAACGUGCGGUAAAUGGACGUUGUUCCUACCUAAAGAGAUUCGUGAAUUAAAAAGUGUUCAUUAAUAAGAGAUCAAGUGAGCUUAUACUAUGUGCUAUCACGUCUCUGAGUAAAUACACAUUUUGUUUCAUUCUUACAAUAAAUACAAUUCAAAAGUG